AUGCAUUAUCAAGGCCAUUGCUCGAAAUUGAGUUACCCGAAAAAGAAGCAAGGCAAACGAGAAAGAUCCUUUCAACGCUUUUGGUAUGACUCGUUUUCUUGGCUGGAGUAUUUUGAAAAUGCCGAUGCAUGUUUUUGUUAUGCACGUUUUGUUGCCACAAAGUUGCAGAAGUAUCCUCUGAGCAACUCAGAAGGGAGUGUAACGUUUUUCGUAGUGUGAUGAAGGAGUUUGGCGACAAACAAGAUAAGUUACAUGAGAAAGCACUCGAGGAGAAUUUGAAACAAGAAGCAAUGGGAAAAAAGGUGGAAAAGUCUGAGAAGGAAGACAAGAUGACACAGAUGACGCGAUUUGUUUUAACAUUGGCUGGGACUGAAAUCAUAAAACAGAUUUAUCUUGUUGCAGUCACCGCUGGGUAUUUCAGCUCAGUCAUCGAAUGUGGGUUUUCUGCCCGUAAAAGAGUUGACACGUGCCAUAGAAGGAGGAUGACACCCUAUCACCAGUAA